UUAUUUUCAGUUGCUUUUUAAAGAAGGAAAGCUCAUGGUGCAAAUUGUUAUUUCCAGUGCGGGGGCUGGAGGCCUGGCAGAAUGGGUGCUGAUGGAGCUACAGGGGGAGAUCGAGGCUCGCUACAGCACUGGAUUAGCUGGAAACCUCCUGGGAGACCUACAUUACACCACUGAGGGAAUCCCUGUGCUGAUCGUGGGACAUCAUAUCCUGUAUGGGAAAAUCAUCCAUCUGGAGAAACCUUUUGCGGUCCUUGUCAAACACGCUCCUGGGGAGCAGGACUAUGAUGAGCUUAGCCACGAGACUGGCACCCGGUACCUGGUGACGGCACUCAUCAAAAACAAGAUCCUUUUCAAAACCCGCCCCAAGCCUAUUAUCACCAACAUCCCCAAGAAAGUAUGAAAGAACCCCGGAUUUUCCCUAGAGAGCGGCCAACUCCUUGGACUCGUGCUCCACUGCCACCUCGAGGACGGCUUGACGGUUCCCUGGGACCACAGGGGGGUCCUAUUCUGAACGCAGGCCACCCACUGGGUGUGAACUCGGAUCCUUUCCUUAUGGCAACUGGUUCUCUUGGUGGAAAUCUGGCCCCGUUUCCAAGGAACCCAUCUCCUUUUCCAUCUUCAUCAGGCCCAUUGGCAUCAAAUCCAGCACCUUUCCCUGCUGGUGCUCGUGACCCAAGCAUGGCUUCUUUUCCAAGAGGGAUGAAUCCUGCUGGCACAGGCGCAGUUUCUUUUCCAAGGCCCGGUGGCCUCUUGGGCCCAGGACCAGGACCAACUCUAAACCCUAGAACAGGGGCACUCCCAGGCCCAGGGCCUAUGUCUAACCCCAGGUUAGGAGGUCUCCCAGGCCCAGGUCCUAUGUCUAACCCAAGAGCAGGUGGUCUC